AUGGUACCUGAUGCUGGAGCCUUUGGAACCCAGCAACAAGAAGAGGACUCUGGAGAGGACUCGGAAUCAGAAUCAGAAUCAGAGUCUGAUGAAGAGGACUAUGAAAAAUGGAGAAAGAAGUUCAAAGAAAGAAGGAAGAAGAAAUCUCGCACCAAGUCAAAGGAUAUUAAAAAUUCCUACCCCACACCAACAGUCCCCAUGGCACCUGCAGAGGUUUCUAGGACAACACAGUUCUCAGGACCUCAAUCAGAAGUUGCAGAUCUAAUUACCAGAUUAAAUUCAAUGCAGUUGGAUCACCCAGAAUAUGGGACAUUGUAUUACAGGGCCACCACUAUGGACCCACACAGCAAGGCUUGUAUCAACAAAAUUCCUAGCCAACAGUUCAUACCCAACAGCCGUCCACCAAAUUCCUAUUCAGGAGGGCAAGGCAAUAGACCUCCCAAUAAUUUUUCUCGUGACGGAAGGGGAAUAGGGGUCAACUCAUAUGAACAGCGACCACCACCCAACUCCUCCUUUGCCUGUUUUGGAUGCGGAAAUCCCAAACAUCGAAUUACCGAAUGUCCGUUGGUAACCGAACGGAUCACAAAACAAGAAAUUAAAUGGUGUCCUGAUCGGCGUAGAUAUGUUCUAUUUGAUGGAUCAGAUCUCGGACGCCCAACGCCCGGCGAAGCUCUAAUUCAAGCCAUUGAACGGAAUAUUAGACCAAAGGACUCACAAAUCAAUCAGUCCCUGAAUCAAGCAAUGCUUCUCACUAUAUCAGAUGCUGUACAAAAUUUCUAUGCUCAACAGGGAACUAAUCAACCCAAUAACGGUGAAGAGAUUGAAUAUGAAACAGCCUCUGAAGUCAGUGGGGAAAGAUCUGAAAGCGAGUCCGAUGGGUAUUCUGGCAUGUGGGGUGAAAGCGAAUCAGAAGUUUCUGAAAUCUCGGAAAUUGAAGAGUCAUCACAUACCUAUGAUACCAAUUUGACCCAAACAGCAGUCCAUCUAGGGGCUGAACGGACCAAAACGACUUCCCGGACCUCCCGAAAUCAAGUUCAGCAGGGUCCUGGAGAUAAUUCACGUGAAUUUAGGGCCAAAAGGGCGGUACAACCACCCAAAAGAGCCGACGGUACCAUCCCAACUUGGCAAGAGACAGUAGGUGCCCAUAAACGGUCACCGAGGGCAGGGACUACGAAAGGAAAGAAACUGGAACGAAUUUCGGGCAAAAUAUCCGAAGUAAAUGAACGGAUCGGAAAUGAAUUGCCGAAUACACCGUUGGACCGAAAUAAAAUGGACACAAGACCCGAUAAUUCCGCGGCCGCGGAACACGUGCCGCCGGCAGCACCUAUACUGGCGGUGACUGAGUCGCCACGCGGCCAUUCCUCUUCUGCUCUUCCCCUUCAUCCUGCGCUAUUCGACGCCCGUCCUUCAAGCUUCCGAAGGGCCAUCUCCCUUGAACCCGAGCUUCUGGCUCAAGGAAAUGGCAGGACCGAGUCUUUACACCGAACAACGCGUCAACAUGUCAAGAUAAAUGAACCAGAAGUAACAAAAGUCGCACCACCUCCUACACAAACCAAACGGGAACGGAAAACAGACCUCGCUCGACACGUUGACAUACAAGAUGUCAUCUCCCAAAUCCUUGGAACGACUAUCCAGAUGCCUUUAGGGGAAAUCUUAGGUGCAUCUAAAGAAUUAAGUACAGUUUUUCAUGAACUAACGAAAGUCAAGGUCCCCAAAGCAACGAAGAGCUCUAAAACCGUUCUAGCGCAGACCAAUGUACCUCACACGAACGCCUACUUCACCCAUAAUGCACAACUCAUUGAAAUUCUUCUAGAAUUCGAAGGAAAUUACAUUCGGGCGAUAAUUGACACGGGUUCGAUGAUUAAUGUAAUCAGCAGCAAGACAUACGAAGCUGCCAUUCGACUUCCGAUCGACUUAGGACGACAGACGGUGAUGCACGACGCUAACGGUGGAGAAGGCGUAUUACGCGGAGCAAUUGAUGGAUUGAAGUUGCUUUGCGGUUCAGUUGAAACAGUCGGAUUUUUCUACGUUGGUGAGUCGGUUCCGUUUGAGAUGUUACUAGGGCGACCGUGGCUAAGAGAAAAUGCGGUUAGUAUCGACGAAAGAAGAAAUGGAACGUAUCUCGUAUUCAAAGACAAAGAGACUUGGGACCCCAGAUUUGAGAUGCUAGCAUCCACAAUUCUGGGGCAGCGUCCGCAAUUCAGGUUAGCCACAAGGGCAAAAGGUGCGGCUAUUAGGUCCUUUCUGGCUCGAUUCGUAACCUCACGGAAACCUGAACGUGGGGAUGACAGGUCCAGUUCGGGAAUCGAGGAAAUCCCCGAGACGGAUAUCGAAGAAACUGCCGGUGAAGUCGGCGCAACCACGCCAACACUGGUCACACAGGAAAUCGUCGACGAAGAAGAUAAUCCACAGCGUCAGCCAUAUUAUGACGGCUUCGACAUUCCUCAUACUCAGUUUCGGCUACGGCCAGUUCGUUGGGAUCAAACGGAUAUGGAACGAGACCUCGACAGUCAACAUAGGAGCGAUAGAGAUGGCGAUUUAACAAUUCCGGAAGUUCUGCUCCAAAACCCAACAUCCGACUCCCCAGAAACGUCGUUGUUACGGUCCUUAGUUCAUUCAGUGAGCCCUGAACCCGACAAUUUGGAAGAUUCAAUCCCGUCGUUCUCAUUAUUACUUCCAAUCUGGAUGGACAUACUAAUAACAGUCAGCCUGAUAGUCUUACUAUGGAUGAAAACGAAGUUGGAAGGGGUAGUGGGGCCUGAGGAAGGUAUAAGAGGAUCGAGUUCGACUCCUCCGGACUCUCCUCAUCACAACACUUCUUUUUACUUCUCAAUGCCGCCCCUUACUCGCCAACAGGCACGACGUUCUACUACGGAGGCUGGUCCUCCUGCUCCUGCAUCCACGGUUGCUCAACCUCAACCUAUUCAUUCCACAUCGUACAAACCACCAUCUCCAACGUUCUCUCCUCCACCUCAUGGACUGGUUGACCCAGGCCCUAUCGAUCCUGUUGGCGCUUCGCCACAUUCGAAGACCACUGGGAUGCUCAUCCGCGAUUUAUGUGACCAAGCCGCAAAUCAGUAUCGUAACACUGGUCGCAUUCACACUCGUCCCUCUGUCCUUUCCACCGCCCAAGCUUACCUCGUCGCUGCCGAACCCACUGAAAACGGUGGCAUUCGACAGGAAUUGCUCGUCCUGAACGCCGGACUCAUGCUACAUAACCCCACUGAGAAGAAAAAUUCGUUUCAACUUGGUCAUGCUUACAUUCGUUUCUAUCCCCUUUCCAAUCCCCUUCCUAUCGCUCCCAAAGCUGUUUUGGCCCAACAUCUCGUAUAUACGUAUCAUGAACGAAAACCAGUGACUCUGAAGGUUGCCCAGGCGGAAUUGGCCAGCGGGGUACAUAGCUUACGGCCUGCUGAUUUCCAUACGACUGGACCAUUUCCCAUUUCAUCAUCGCCAGCCAUACAGAGAAGCCAGGGUGAGUUGGAUUUGGUGUACCCGAGCGGAGAAAGGUAUUCACCACAGACCUUUUCAGCAGUACAGACUCUUAACCCCGCCGUAUGUAGUGAUGAAGAUGAAGACAUGCCCGACCUUGUUGAAUGCGGUUCGGACAUGGACGUAGAUCAGCCCGGAAGCGCCGCUACCAGCCCCUCCAGCUAUUUACCCUCUCCCGCCUCCAGUACAGGUGCAACUUGCGGGUCAGAUAGGUCCACAGAGUCUCAAACCCAGAACCCGAAACCUUCUGCCACGAUUUCCCCCCAUGACCUCGCUCCCUUCCAAUACUCAGUCCCUACCAUGCCCAACGACCGAGUUCCAUUCUUUGACAGCAAGCUGACGCCCAACACCCGGUUGUUACCCAGUAUAUUCAUGACAAUUGGACAGCUGGAUCGAACCAUUAAACGCCCGCCAGCUGGUCAGCCUGUGUUCGACCUCACUAAAUCUGCAAGGGAGGUGGAACCUGGGGAACUCACCUCUAUCUACCAAAUCGACGACGGAGCGAUCCUGCAUGAGCAUCCAAAAGAGAGUUUGAAUCGCUUGGUACAUGCAUGGAAGGGGUUGUUCGACGAACUACAUUUCCAGGUGAUUGAGGAGAGAUCUGAGGAGUAUUACAGGGAGGACGUACCAAACAUGGACAACCGAAAGGAAGUUGCACGCCAUUUUGAAGACCCAAAGGUUUGUCGUCAAUUGACGAACCGGCUUCGAUAUCGCAUGUUUCUAUCCCACACCUUACUGACUCAGCCAUUAAUGGAGCAAGAUGGAUUUGACCGGGAGGAGUGGACGAAUGAAAACGAGUUCCGAGGAGUGAGGGUAGCUCUCAUAGGCAGAUGGAAGUACCGACGGAUCGUUGCUCUUGCUAUUAUACGUCGACUUUACCGUGUCAUGGUGUUCACGGUCGAGUUUUUCCUCCUCCGCAAGGUUGAGCACCUUUUCCGAGCUCGUUAUGCUGCUUAUAUCGCCCAGGGCAAUGGCCUGGAACGAUACCCACCUCUUCUAGAUAAUCGAUUUUUCCGGGAAGACCAGCGGCGAUGGUUAAUCGUCGCCUGGGAGAUCUUUGUAUACCUUCAGGAGAUCGAGUUGUCAGCACUCGCCCAAGCAAUCCUCCGUUUACAGUUCAAGGACUCGGAGGCACUUGAAAACCUUCAUUUGUUCAAUGUUCUGCCACGUCUACCAACUAACCUUCCCGGUGUGGACCCUGUUUAUUGGACCGACAUAUUAGCUCGCAAAGAAGACAUAGAAACCUUUAUUAGCCAUGUAACCCUACCCUCACACCCAGCUUCCUUCAGUCAUUCUUCUCCACCUGCCAGUACUGUCAACCCUGCCUCCCUUUCUUCUCUUUUGAACCCAACCAAAGACUCUAAACCUGCAUCUACUUCGUCACCAGCCGUUGCCGUUCUUUAG